AUGGUAUGGAUCCAAUAUGCCCACAAUUCUCUGCCCAAUUCUGCCACUGGUCUGUCUCCAUUCCACUGCUCCCUUGGUUAUCAACCACCUCUGUUCUCAGACCAAGAGGAGGAGUCUCCGUUCCCUCUGUCCACGUGUUUGUGCGCCGCGGUCGUCGGACCUGGAAGGAGGCCCUGCUCCGCACCGCUUCCAGGUAGUUUUUUUCCUCCCUGUAGGUUCAAGUUAAGUUUGCAGAUUUGCUUACUUCAAGUCACGGGCUAUAAAAAACUCUUUGUUGAUGUAGAAAACCUUCGCAAGCAGCCCUUCGACUCUUCAAAGAAGCAACAUGAAGAUAUGCUAAUAAAGCUGUGGGAAUUGUUAAUGCCCCAUAUACCCUUGGAAUCGAGAAUCACCAAGCAAUGGGGUGAUAUUGGUUUCCAAGGUGAAGAUCCUAAAACUGACUUCAGAGGCAUGGGAAUGCUGGGGUUGCAUAAUUUAAUGUUCUUUGGAGAGCAUUAUCCGGAAACGGCACGACAGGCUCUUUCUCAAUCAAAUCACCCAAAGAUGGGAUAUUCUUAUGCUAUUGUGGGAAUAAAUCUCACUGAAAUGGCUUACAGUAUGCUGAAGACUGGGAUAUUAAAAACCCAUCUUUACAACGUCGUUUCUGGGGCUCCCCAGAUGCACCAUUUCCAUGAGUUUUAUUGUUAUCUGAUGUAUGAGUUUAAUCAGUUCUGGUUCAAGGAGAAACCAGCCAGCAUUAUGGAAUUCAACUACUACAGAGAACAAUUUCACAAAAGGGUAAAAGAGCUAUUGCUGGAUCACAAUUCAGUGCUAAUCCUGAAAGCAGAAAGACAGUGAAUUGCAUAAAACCCAUGAAGUACCACUUGGGAUUAAUUGAACAAAGUGAGUUUAUGCAGUGGAUCUGUGGUCUCAAUGGAUUUGUUGCUCUUAAAUGGAAACCUAUGAACAACAUGUGACUGCAUUUAGAAUGAGUCCCUUUUCAAUAUAGAUAUUUCAAUUAUUUCAAGGUGCCUUGUGUUUGAUAGCACAGAUAUGGAGAAUUUAUUUAUAGUGCGAUUCAGAAUUAUUGUUGCAAACACUAAAAUGUAUUUGAGUGAUUUUUCAGGUUUACCUUCAAAGCACAGCCUGUUAUAUCCCGUUUAAAAAAAAAAAAAGCAUUACAGUUUAUUUUUUUCUGAUAGUGCAGAGAGCUUCGUAAAUCCAAUUGAAAAUAAUUUCAACAAUUCUUGAGUUUUUAUUUUAUUACAUUAAAAUAACUAAAGGACAUCUUUGGAGUAAGACUGCGAGAGCCAAAGCUUGACAUUUCUAAGAAUAUAAUCCUCAAUUGAAAUUACUGUUUAGAUUUUAUUCCAUGUGUCUUUUCGUGAUAAAGAUGCAUUACAGAAUUGGAGGGAAAAUGGGUAGCAUGCUAAAUCUAUCAGGGCAUUUCCAUGUACCUUAAGAAUGGGUUUCUUGUAUAUAAUUAAACCUAAAUUUUCCAGCAAUAAUUAGUUUUAAUCUGACAUGUUUAUUUUCCAAACCUCUGUAUUACAUAAUAAUUAUUAAUUUCAGAUGAAUUUAUAAACCAAUCUUUUAAUUGGUUGUCAAUUACAAAGAGCUGUGGCCAAGUUCAAAUUGGUGACAAUCUUGCUUGUACAAUUAAGUGGAGGUCUUCAUGAAGUAUGAACAUUUCAUCUGUUAGUGCUUUUGUUACGUGAUAUGAAAUGUCAACUAGCUGCUGAUUAUGCCACAUUGUAUUCACCAUGACUUUCCAUGAAGACAAAUUAAAUACACAGACAGUUAAAAAGUAAUUUCAAUGAUUGUUGGUAGAAAUUUUGAAGAGAUGCAAGGAAGAUGUACAUAAUUCUUUUGUUUUGAGCCUCAUCUCACUCAGGAUGGCAGCAGCAGUGGGUUACGGUUGUUCCAUGCACCUUUCCUGCUUUCUAUCGAGGAUUGCUUGUUGGUGUAUGACCACCGGUCCUAUGUUUUAUUACUGGCGUGAUUAAUCUAGAUAAUACAUUUGUACUUGAACAUUAACUAGUUUAUUGAACAAAAUACUUCCCACCAAAAAAAGAUGAUCUGACGUUUAAAGUUUAUAUAGAUUUGUACCAGAUGGCUUUCCUUAUAGGUGGGAGGUUGGAACUUAUUUUAUGAAUGUUUGCUCAAUUAAAAAUAUACCUGCAAUA